AUGGAGAUAAUCAACUUGCAGCGCAGGGACGAAGAGCUACCCUACAUAUAUAAGACUAUGGCCGUUGACUGCUACCUGCCCAGUAUCCUAUCUCCGCUUACACACCCCGAGAAUAUCUUUCAUUACACCUCUGCCAUGCUGUCCUACCCCAUCGAUUGGUUAGAAAUACACCUUACAGUCAUCCAUAAAUACACAUUCAAAUCAGUUACCAUCUCGCCAUUUUUCCUUCCGCGCGUGGAGUGCACCCUCGGCAACCUCAAACAGUUUCGCAAUCAGAUCUGGGAACCAAGAGACAAGCAGGAGCCGAAUACUACAGAAAGAUUAAGAAUAUUAACAGAGUCAAACAUCAUUAAUCCUGAAAGAAUCCUGGAUCCAGAGUAUUUUAUUAAAAAUAUCUCUUGCAGCUUCUAA